UUGCUGCUGCAGCAGCAAAACUUCAGGGGAAGAAGAACAAGGAGACGGAGACGACGAAGAAGGAAGAAGAGCGUUUUUACACAAGGCCACGACCUGCCACAGAAAAGGGUUACGUAACUUCGAAAAUCGUGAUAUCAUCUCAGCUUUUUGUUAUCUGUGGAGACGACUUUCUUCAGCUGCAUAUUUUUCGUGAUAUUUUGACUUUGGAUCAUAAUGGCUGAUGAUUUUGACGUUGAGGCUAUGCUGGAGGCGCCAUACAGAAAGGAUGAGAUCAAGUCCUCUCAUGCAAAUGGACAUGAUGACCAGAACAAAAAGAAGAGGAGGAGCCGAAGCAAGAGCCGGAGCCCAGGCUCUAAGAAGAGAAGAAGCAGAAGCAAAGAGAGAAAGAAGGGGAAGAAAAGGAGCCGGAGCCGAGAAAGAAAGCGCAGCCGCAGCAGGGAGCGUCAUCGCAGCCACUCCCGGAGCAAGGAGCGGUCUGGGCGGUACAGAGCACGCAGGAGUAGUCCCAUCCGCAAACGUUCCAAAAGUCGGAGCCCCUUCAAAAAAGACAAGAGUCCCAUCAGGCAACCAAUUGACAAUCUAACACCAGAGGAAAGAGAUGCUCGCACAGUCUUCUGCAUGCAGCUCGCUGCAAGAAUCAGAGCUCGGGACCUGGAGGACUUCUUCUCAGCUGUUGGAAAAGUCAGAGAUGUGAGAAUGAUCUCUGACAGAAACUCCAGGAGAUCAAAGGGCAUUGCAUACAUCGAGUUUGUGGAGGCUUCUUCUGUUCCACUGGCAAUUGGAUUGACUGGCCAGAGGCUUUUAGGAGUUCCCAUCAUUGUCCAGGCCUCUCAGGCAGAGAAAAACAGAGCUGCAGCUGCUGCCAAUAAUCUGCAGAAGGGCAGUUCGGGUCCGAUGCGGCUGUAUGUGGGCUCCCUGCACUUCAACAUUACUGAAGAAAUGCUUCGAGGGAUCUUUGAGCCUUUUGGAAAGAUUGAGGGAAUCCAGCUGAUGAUGGACAGUGAGACUGGACGAUCCAAAGGAUAUGGCUUCAUAUCGUUUGCAGAUGCAGAGUGUGCAAAAAAGGCUUUGGAGCAACUGAACGGCUUCGAGCUGGCUGGACGUCCGAUGAAGGUGGGGCAUGUUACAGAGCGCUCAGACUCGUCCACAGCCAGCUCAUUUCUGGACAACGAUGAGCUAGAGAGGACUGGCAUCGAUCUCGGCACCACAGGGCGUCUGCAGCUUAUGGCCCGACUAGCAGAAGGAACUGGUCUGAAGAUUCCUCCUGCUGCUCAGCAGGCUCUACAGAUGACCGGGUCCAUACCGUUUGGAGGGAUAGGUGCUCCAGCAGCUAUUCCGACUCCAGCUCCAAGCCAGGCCUUGAACCUCCCAUCACAGCCACUGGCCACACAUUGCCUUCAGUUGUCCAACCUGUUCAACCCACAAGCGGAAAACGACCCCAACUGGCCAUUGGAAAUCCAAGAUGAUGUCAUUGAGGAGUGCAACAAACAUGGAGGCGUUGUUCACAUUUAUGUUGACAAGAACUCUACUCAAGGUAACGUGUACGUGAAGUGUCCCUCAAUACCAGCAGCAAUGGCAACUGUAAAUGCACUUCACGGACGCUGGUUUGCAGGCAAAAUGAUCACGGCUGCCUACGUUCCUUUGCCCACCUACCACAACCUUUUCCCUGACUCAGUAACAGCAAAACAGCUUCUAAUGCCCACACGUCGAUAGUCUGGCACACGGUUGUGAAAGCCAGUGUAAAUACAUUUGUUUGCAUUCAUGGAAAUGUCAUUGAAAUUAGUUGGCUGUGUGUAAAAGUUACAUGAAGGUCACAUGUCCACAAUUAGGCAGUUCUUUUUCCUCCAAUUGCUUUUCAAACUUUUGUGAGUUUGUGUUGUCAAGUACCACUGAAGUAAUCUGCAGGUAUCUAUUGAUUUGUAUGUUCUUAAAUAUUACCUGCCUGUUUAAAUCAACAGCUUUAGAUUUCAAAAGACAUUUCAAGGAGUUACAGAAACAUGUUUGGUUAGUAGGCCUUUAAAUGAUAAGUAUAUUCAUGUCAAAAAUUCUUUGUAACUUUCUACAGCCAUGAGUUCUUUUUUUGUAUGAAGGCUCCCAAUAAACUGACAAUUAAUAUUGCUUUUGUCCCCUUUUUGGGAGGAGUCCAUCCCCAAGCUAAAAUUGUUUAGCAUAUUGGAUUUUAACUACUCAUUUUGGACAAUGUAAGAUGUGUAUACAUUUUGAUUUUUAGAAGUGGACAGAAGUAAAUAAAACCUCUGCAUUAAAAGUUGAA